AGGACUGGCACUACUAUGCUCUGGUUUCGUAGCGCGAAAUCAAACUCCACACCACAACAAAAAAUUGAGCCGAAAAUGCGACUUGCAGCGCUAGAUAAACCAUUAUCAAUCAUUUUAAUUUGAAUAGCUAGUUUGUGGUCUCUCUGGUUACUUUUUUAUGUUGUAUUGUUGGUGGUCUUAGAUCAAAAUGUCGGCUGGGAGAAAGCGUCUUGAAGACGCUUUGCAAGCGGGAAAAGAUAUAGAGAGCGACGAAAGCCCUCCCAUAAGAGACCUAAGUGUGCCCAAAGUGACAGCAAUAAAGGAUCUUGACUUUGGCGAUAUCAUGGGGGUGUUCAGUGUUCACCUCUCGCCACGUGAUCAGUAUCUUGCCGCAGGGUGUGGUAAUGGUGCUGUCCAGGUGUACUCUUGUGAUACUGGGAAGAAGAGGAGGCCACUAAAGCAUGGCUCACUCUAUGGGCUUCCAGUCACUACCGUCAAAUUCUUCCCCUUCAAGGAUGACAGGCUGAUGUCAACAACAUCUGAUGGGACCAUAACCUGUUGGGACCUGGAUAACUGGUCCCAUAUGAAGUCUGUAGAUGAGCCCCACAAUGAAAUUAGCACCUUGGACUUUUCCCAUGAUGGCAAGAUCUUUGCCACAGCUGGAAAGGACAGAAAGGUGCGAGUAUACGACAGUGACACCAUGCAGGUCAAGUUGACCUUUGCAGGAUCUGAGGCAACUGAGCCUGCCAGAGAUGUCAGCAUGAUUGUACCUGAGGGUGGGCACGGAAAGAAGGUAUUUGGUCUGCGCUUUCAUCCUUUUGACGACAAUGUGUUCUUAACUGGAGGAUGGGAUCGCUGCCUUAAGAUAUGGGAUGUCCGAGUUGACCAUGUGAUCCGCAGCAUUCAUGGUCCAUACAUCUGUGGAGAUGGUAUUGAUAUAUGUCAGGAUGAGGUGAUGACAGCAUCGUGGCUGCACCAGAAAGCUCUGCAGAUAUGGGAUUAUGGCAGUGGUGAGCUGAUAGAAAAUGUCCCAUUUCCAUGCGGGGAGCAUGGAGAGUUCCUGUAUGUCGGAAGAUUUGUAAAUAGCCAAGUUGUUGUCGCUGGUGGCAGCGGCACUAAGGAUGUCAAAAUAUUAACCAGGAAACCGCAUAAGGUUGUAGCUUCCAUUGAUGACGAAGGCAAGCCGAUCCACGCCCUUGACGUAUCCCCUGGUGGCCAGCUCCUUGCUUUAGCCGGGACAGGGACGCACGUCAAGCUAGUCUCUUUAGCAUGACCAAGGUGCCCUGCUCCUUGUACUGAUAGGCCGUUUUCAGUUAUUUGGUGUCCUGUGGUACUUUAGUGCCGAAGCGAGGCUUUGAAAGAUUGGAGUUUGUAUCAGCGGUCAGCGGUUUGUUUGAGCUUUCAACUUAAAAUGUUUAUUUUAAUCUUACAACGAUUGUACGCACCGGUAUUAAAGGUUUGAAAAUACAGAUACUUAUUAAUAUAUUUUUCGAUUACAGUCCCUUGUAGGUGAAAAUUCUAAAUCGCGGCAAAAUCAAAUAAGUUUAUCUAAAUUGUUUAGAAUAUUUUUAUAGUAAUGCGAGCUUUCUCGCUUGUUUAAAUUACAAAAGACUAAAUUUAGAAAUGUAAGUGAUGUUGUAUUUCGCUAAACUCUUUUGCACACGAAUUAUAAUUCAUCUUAUUCGCAUUUUUGUCUUUGUGACCAGAUGAAAAACAAUAGAAUACCAACAAUAAAAACCAAGCCAUCGUGGUAUGGAAUCCCCGGUUACACUGAGUUUGCCUUUAAAAUGUCUCCCUUUGUUGAGUGCAAACCUGAUUUAAUCAUGUAUAAUUCUCUUCAAUAGAAUUUUCUCCUUCACCAAGUUUCUGGCAAUAUUUAGUUCAAAUAACGGUUUUAAUUAGUCAAACCACCGGCUUUAGCAUUGUAUCGGUGCAGCAGGAACCUUUGCGAAUGAUUCUUCCGCGAUGCCCCAAUAGCCAUUCCAGUUACAAUACAAUACAAUACAAUACAAUACAAUACAAUACAAUAUAUUUUUAUUUGUACCACAAGAUGAAAUUACAAUACAAAACUAAAUACUUUAAUACAAAUCGGGUACUGGCUGUCUAGAAAUAACUAAAAAGCUAAUCUAGCUAGACAGCCAAAAUUAAAUGACUUACGAGAUUCUGUCGUCAGACGAGGCACAAGUACAAAAAACAGCAAAAAAUAGACAAGCAAACACGAAAAGAAAAGGAAAAGAAUGUAUGAAUAAACUUAGAUAUGAACGGAACAUACAACCCGAAAAUUAUACAUACAUGAAAAUAUACAUGGCAAAAACGUCUCAGAUCUAGUAAGAGGUUAUGAAAUUUCUUUUUAUAGUUUUUUUAAUCGGUUAAAGGGUAGCUGCUUAGCUGAGUAGUCAAUUUUAUUCCAUGUUAUAACUCCUUAGAAGCGAAUAUUGAACUUGCCAUAGUUUGUACGAACUGAUGGAAGACAGAAGGAUGAGCUCGAGGUUAGCCUGGUUUCAUACGUGUGCCUUGAGCUGAUGGGUGUGAAGAAAUUAUUAAAUGGAGUAGGUAAUAAUUUUGAGUAAAAUUUGAACAUGAAUUGACAGUUGAGAUAUGAUAAAAUAUCUUGGAAUUUAAGGAUUUGUAAUUUUUUAAAUGGUGGAGAGGUAUGCUCAGUAAACGAGGAAAAAGUGAUAAGACGGAUUGCUCUUUUUUGUAGUCUAAAUAAAGGCAUUGUUGUGGUUUG